UCGUGAUCAAUAUGGUUGAGGCGCUUUAUUCAAGCGUUUAAUGAAAGUUCAAAAAAUGGAGUGGAAAUUGAGAAAAUGUCAAUCCUUACUGAUGUUCUAGUUAAUGUUAUUUCUUCCGCAAGAGCAUGAAUGAAAUACAUGGCAUACAUUGGAAUAAGCCACAUUCGAUAAAUGUUUGAUAUAUUGCGGAAAAAGCUAUUAGAUCCUAAUUGGAGGCUAUUAAACAUAACAUUUUGGGAACGACAUUUUCAUUUAUAAAUAGCCUUCACUGGCCCAGGCCUUCAGUGCCUGUAUUUCAUUCUGAAUCUGAAUAUUUACGGUGUUGGACCUUUUUUUGACCAACUGAAUGAUCUGCAGUUUUUGAAAGAUAUUGUCUUUACUGAAGAAAAAUCGUGAAGAUAUUGAUGAUUGAAAGCUUUAUUUGAUUACACUCAGUUUUAUUUAUAAUACACUGUGUGCUAUAUUUGGGAACUGAGUAUAUUUAGAAUAAAAAGUUUUAUCGCUAAGUGAUAUCCUUCUGAGGAAAUGGCUGCAGGCCAUCCAAGCAGUGGUGAUACAAACACUUUACUAGAGAAUUCAGGAGAAGCUGAUGAGCUUAAUAAAGAAUUGGUAGAUACCAAGAAGAAUGGUCCUGAAUUGAAUGCUGAAAAUGAGCAAGCAGAGUCAGGUGAAACUAGUCCACAGGAAGAUGGUAUUGGUGAUACAAAAGAUGAGUCUUUAGCUGAGAAAGAUGAUGCAAAUGAAUUGGAAAGAACUGUGGAACAAGACCCAAUAGAGUCAGACAAUGAAAAAGACGAAAAGUAUGGAAGUUUGGAGCUUUUGACUGAAAAUAUUGAUGAGGAGGAGAAGGUGAAUGACAGGGCUGCUUUGUUUGGUGGAGAAGAAGAUGACAAUGCUUCCAUGACAAUGGAAGCAAAUGUGGCAGACCGGGCUGAGGACCUGACCAGGAGCUUGUUGGGCUUGGACGAAGUUGGUGAAAUGGCUCCCAGUUUACGGGGAAAGAGGGGUCUCAUACGCUACAAUGAGGCCCUUAAAGGGGCCAGACCUUUAAGGUUUAAAAAAACGUCCAGAACCGAGAUUCCAAUGACACAAGCUGGAUUCCUGUCUCAGAUGACAUUUGGCUGGCAGACAUCCAUGAUGUGGAACAUUUAUCGGAAAGGAAUUGAACACAUUCAGGAUCUCACAAUCGGUUUUCGAGAAAAAUCGGAACCGAACAGAGACCGUUUAGAUAAGUUAUGGCGCGAGGAGCUGACUGUCAAGGGACCUACCAAAGCGUCAUUUGUCCGAACCGUGAUGAGAUUUAUGCGCACACGACUUAUUGUCGCGACUGUAACACUGCUCAUCUGUGUUGCGUUUCAGUUUUCAACGCCUGCAUUCGUUUUACAUCGCCUACUGGCCUAUCUUAACACUGGGCACGUAGACACUGGAGUGGGAAUCGGGCUGGUGGUUGCGUUAGGAGUAACGGAGAUGGGACGGUCAUUGUUUUUCGCUAUCUCCUGGUACUAUAACUACACCACAGGUGUUCGAGUCAGAAGCGCAACCAUGGGCUUGCUGUAUAAGAAGGUGCUGAAACUCCGGAGCCUUGAGGAUAAAACUGUCGGGGAGUUGGUAAACUUGCUGGGAAACGAUGCUCAGCGGAUAUUCGAAGCGGUGGCCAUUGGUCCCCUGAUGAUACCGGGCCCUAUCGUUCUCUGUGCAGGGCUCAUUUACAUGGUCCUUCUCAUUGGUCCAUGGGCUCUCAUCGCCAUGGGAACCUUUCUCGCAUUUUAUCCAGUCAUGUAUUUCAUAUCAAAGCUGACAAACCACUACAGAAGAAAAUGCAUAGUUAUUACGGACAAGCGGGUGCGUAUGAUGAAUGAGUUACUCUCCUGUAUCAAGCUGAUCAAAAUGUACGCAUGGGAGAAGUCCUUUGCCAAAACCAUAGCAGGUAUCCGGUCAGAUGAGCGGUCAAUACUCGAGAAGGGAGCAUAUGUCCAGAGUAUCAGCACAGCCACGGCCCCCCUUGUUCCAAUAAUGGCUUCGAUAUUCACAUUUCUCGCCUACGUCCUCACUGGGAAUGAUCUGACGCCUGUUGUGGCGUUUACCAUAAUUGCUGUCCUGAAUUCCAUGAGGUUUUCGCUUGCUGUCCUGCCUUUUUCUGUAAAGGCGCUCGCUGACGCAAUGGUCUCAUUUAAACGAUACAAGGACAUUCUGCUAAUGGAUGAGAUGGAGCCUUAUCGCUGGCUGGUGUUCAACGAAAAACAUGCCCUUGUAAUGAACAAGGCUUCAUUUACUUGGGAGAAAACAUCAAAUGUCAACAACCAACCCAAUGGUAAAGGUCAUACUGGUAAAGAAAGUUUAACUAAGGAGGAAGAAGUCACCCUUAAAUCUGCCGAGAACGGGCCAGGGAUUACAAACCACACAAACACUCCGACCCUUCAGGAUAUAACAUUCAAUCUGGAGAAGGGCGAGCUGGUUGGUAUUUGUGGUAGUGUAGGGUGUGGGAAGUCGUCCCUGCUCUCUGCUGUACUGGGAAGGAUGAUCCCAGUGUCAGGGAAAAUAGCUGUUCAAGGCUCCAUGUCUUAUGUGGCCCAGCAGGCGUGGAUAAUGAACACAACAGUGAGGGAUAACAUACUGUUUGGAGAGGAUUAUGAUGAACAAAGGUACAAUGAGGUUGUGGAGGCCUGUUGUCUGAGUCAGGACCUUGAGGACUUUGUCGAUGGUGACAUGACUGAGAUCGGAGAACGAGGCAUUAACCUGUCUGGGGGUCAGAAGCAGCGUAUCAGUCUGGCGCGGGCCGUCUACAGUAACAAGGACGUGUGUUUAUUGGAUGACCCUCUUUCUGCCGUAGAUAUACAUGUGGGCAGCCAUAUCUUUUCUGAGUGCAUUAUGAAACAGCUGAAGGGGAAAACUGUGUUGUUUGUUACCCAUCAACUACAGUACCUGUCAAAGUGUGACCGAGUGUUAUUCAUGCGCGAUGGAAUGAUAACGGAUGCUGGGACUCACAAAGAGCUCAUGUCGGGAGACACAGAGUACGCAGCACUCAUCAAGGUGUUUUACACGCAAGAAAAGGAAAAGGAAUCAAGCAUGGACAGCCUCGGUGGUCAUCCAAAGUCAGCCAUGCGGCAGUGGUCGGUCGAUCGGCCGGAUCUAAUGCGACAACGAACUCUCUCAUCCGGGUCCCAGGGCCUUAUACGACAGAGGACCCACUCAUCUGGGUCCCAGGGGUCCCCUGGCUCCGCCCGCCGUAGCAAGGGCAGGCCAGAUCCCCUACGACAGUUCAGUGUGAUGUCCAACAGAACUGUUAGUGUAGAUGAGCCAAAGGAUCAAAAAGGUGGUAAGCUGAUCGUUGCGGAAGAGAAGCAAGAGGGUAGAGUGGGUUGGUCUGUGUACCGAAGUUACAUGAAGGCAGCCGGAGGCUACAUACUGUCAGCAUUUGUCAUCUUCAUAUUCUUCAUAGCCAUAGCUUCUCAGUCAUUCGCAAACUGGUGGCUGUCCUUCUGGCUCAGCCAAGGCAGUGGGAAUACAACAAUAACAGACGGCAACUUAACAUACAUCAGUAAAAGCAUAUCAGACCAUCCUAAUCUACACUUUUACACGACUGUAUACGGAGCCAGUGUUGGAGUCAUGAUUGUAACUACAGCAUUUAGAGCAUUUUUGUUCAUGAAGGUGACCCUGAGGGCUUCCAGUAACAUGCACAACAAUAUCUUCAAGAAGGUACUGGCUUCUCCCAUGAAGUUCUUUGAUACGACCCCUGUGGGGAGAAUUAUUAAUAGAUUUUCCUCUGACUUAGAUGAGAUUGAUGUGCGGUUACCAAGCUCUAGCGAGAUGUUCAUCCAGAACUUCUUCAUGAUCCUAUUUUCUCUCUGCAUCAUCGCCUACGUCUCCCAGUGGUUCCUUAUUGCCUUUCUGCCACUCUUCAUCUGCUUUCUGGUCCUUAACAAGAUCUUCACGUCAGGGGUGCGUGACUUGAUGAGGAUGAACCUUAUUACCAAGUCGCCGGUGAUAAGUCACGUGACCGCCUCUGUCCAGGGAAUCAGUACAAUCCACGCCUUUGGGAAAACUGACCAGUUCCUAAAUAAGUUUAACACGCUGGUUGACAAGAACAGUGUAUAUUUCUACCUGUUCUUCUGCUCAAACCGCUGGCUGGCUUUCCGUCUCGAUUUGAUCAGCACGUGUGUUGUGGCGUUAACGGGCCUGUGUAUCGUUCUCACAUACGAGAGCAUCAACCCUGCCAUGGCUGGGCUCGCUAUGUCUUUCGCAAUACAGAUGACAGGGUUGUUCCAGUUUACAAUCAGGCAGGCAAUUGAAAGUGAGGCCAAGUUUGUUGCUGUCCAGAGGCUGACACAGUACUCGGAGAAUGUGGAAUCAGAAGGCCCAGAAAUCAUCAAAGAUCAUCGCCCGCAAGCGGACUGGCCCAAAAACGGGGAAAUCAGGUUUGACCGCUACAAGAUGCGUUACCGUGACAACCUGCCCCUUGCACUAAAAGGGUUAAAGUUCACGAUCAGGGCCAAGGACAAGGUUGGAAUUGUAGGAAGAUCAGGCUCAGGCAAGUCGUCCUUGGGGAUUGGUUUAUUCCGACUAGUAGAGCCUAUGUCAGGCACCAUAUUCAUAGAUGAUGUCGACAUCACAACUAUCGGGCUGUCGGACCUUCGAUCACGUCUCGCCAUCAUUCCCCAGGAUCCCGUCCUAUUCGUUGGCACCGUUAGGUACAACUUAGACCCAUUUGGUCAGCAUGCAGACAGUGCCUUGUGGGAAGCCCUCGGGAAAUGUCAUAUUAAAGACACCAUCCAGUCACUGGAGUUGCAGUUGGACCACCAGGUUGUAGAGAACGGGGAGAAUUUCUCAGUCGGAGAACGUCAGCUUAUGUGUAUGGCGCGGGCACUGCUACGCAACAGCAAGAUCCUGAUGCUAGAUGAGGCCACUGCAGCUAUUGAUACGGAGACAGAUGCCCUCGUACAACAGACGAUCAAGGAAGCCUUUGUUGACUGUACAAUGUUGAUCAUUGCACACAGGCUGAACACAGUGCUUGGGUGUGACCGCAUCCUGGUCAUGGAAGAUGGGCUGGUUGUGGAGUAUGGACGCCCCAAAGAUCUGAUGGCGAGCAGCAGUUCUAAGUUCAAGGCCAUGUUAGACGCCGCGGAGAAACAAAACGAGCAGCAUCGGGGAUCCAUGGAAAACAUGAAUCACUGACACACCUGACAGAGUUGAACAUUGUUUAAGUUAAAAGUUUGAUUGUGACGAAAGAAAUGGAACCAUUUUGAUUUUUAUGCAGAAACCUUAACAGGUGUCCAUUUUGAGAGGUUAUGAGAAAGUGCCUUAGUGGGGAUUGGUCCCGCAGUAUUUUGGAUGAGGGGUGGAAACCAUUACUGUAUAAACACCGGAAUUUGUGUAUACAUAGCACUUGACAACUCUCACUUGCUUAUAGAACAUAUUAUUGGCUAACUUAAACUUGCAUAGCUCAUUGACCAUUUGAAUGAUAUAAAAAUGUCUGAGAGAACUUCUGACACAUGGGCAAAUAAUAUUCAGAACAGAACAGAGCAGGCAAGCUUACAUCAUUUCCUAACUUAAGUUAUUUUCUUAAGUAUCUCAUUUAUCAUAUGAAAUAAUCACUUCAUAAGAUCUGAAAUUCUUUAUUUAUUUGAUUCAAAAUACAUAUUUUUAUGUAAAAAAACAACAUUUAUACUAUUCUUUGAAAUCUAUGAAAAUCAUAGGAAAUUGAGUUAAGUUAAGAAAUGACUUAAGAUGUAUUAUGAAUACCACACCAUUGCAUAUGUAUUUGUUAGGUUAAAUUUAGAAUGAAUGUAUGUACGUUUGUAUUAAACAUACAUGUAGCAGACAUGUUGAAUAUCAUUGAAUUUCUCAAGAAAAGAAUGGCAGAAUUGUGAAUCCAAUCUGGUAGUAGAAAGGCCUGGUAAAACGACCUUCUAGAGCAGAUAGCUUAGGCCUUAUAUAAUUGUAAAAUGUAUUAUUAUACAUUGAAAUAUUUUAGAUUGUACGGAACAUGACAAACUAGGACUAUAUGAUCAUUAGGUUCACUUUGUUAGAAUUAGAGAAAUCACAUGACAUAGAUGUAGACACAGCAGUAGAAUUUACAAUAGUAUGGGAGUGCAAUACUUAUUGAGCCCCAAUUUCUCGAAACUUCUUAAGUCCCUUUUAACAGGAUUAAGCUAAACUCGCUAUUUUUGGUUUUCAAUAGUUAGGGAAAUAUAUUUAGUUUUUAUACUUUAGAAAGGAAUUAUCUGUAUGUUAAUUACAUUAAACCAUUUUUAAUUUAUCAAAAUUGCAUUCAAGCAUGAAUUUUGGCCAAUUGAAAUAAGCUACCUAAGCCUAUUAAGCUUAAGAAGUUUCAAGAUAUCAGGACGAGAUAAUAGUUUGGGUUGGCUCCAUGAAUGAUGCUUUUCUUUGUAUGAUGAUAUGUAAAAUAUGGUAUGAUCACGAACAUUUACACUUCUUCCAUGAUCAACUAGCAUGACACAGUGGCAAAUAUCAUGACAUGAAGGCAGAUAAAUGAUUUAGUGACAAAUCUGAAAAUAUUUGAGAGAAAGAGGUUAACAGGCCUGGUGCUAUUUUUUUGAAACUACUUAAGUCUGCUUUAUUAACAUUUGCCUAGUCUUUUGUACAGAUGAAACUUGACAUUAAUAUUGCAUAACACCAAAGUAGCUUUUACCUCAUGGUUUGUCUCAAUAUUGCGCUCAGGUUGUAUUAGAGAAGCAUAGUUAAACCAAAGAUGUAUGACUUUACAAAGUUUGCUAUAAUUUUAUACAAACAUAUUUUGUUGGUUACAUUUCUAUUAAAUCAUUAACGCAAUUGCAGAAUGUACUGCUAAUUUUAAUGUAUAUAAGUAUUGAUUGCAUUUUUUCUUGCACACAUGCUGUAUGAAUGCAGUAGGGCAAGCGAGCAAAUUACCAAGAAGCGCUAUAGCGCGCGUUCAGUACUGCGUUGAUACAGCACAAAGGCAAGAAAAAAAUCAACAAAUCCUUAAAUAAAAUGCUUAAGCUAAGCUCACUAAUUUUUUGUUCCACUAUAACCUGUUAUUUAUUGACCAUUUUUAAAAGUGUUUUGACAGUUUAUUGAAGUUAAAUGUCUGAUAAGCACAAAAAGCUUAGUUUUAUCUAUCAAAAUCAGGUUAAAGUUAGAAAAAUUGCUAAACCAAAAUAAGCUGCUUAAGUUUUUUCAGCUGAAGAAGAUUCAAGUUUACCUUGAAAAAAGUAGCAUUCCACUAUUGCAGAGCUCAUAAGCUUACAGUACUCAAUUCUAGAGGUGAAAGAAGUUGGGGUUUUUAUACCUUUAUAUAUCAUUUUUGCUUUUACCCAUUUUAAAAUUAAUAGUUUUUGGUAGACAUAUGUAAAUACAUCAUACUGUUUUGUUCCACGUUGAACAAAAAUAUAACAAGUAAAUAAAUAUUUUGUUUUAAUUGAUUGUAAACUUGGCUAGCAGAAUUAAGUAACAUGUCAUUCAAAAACAUUCUUGGAGUGGUACAUUAUUUUAUGGCAAACAACAUUUAAGGCCACUAUAGAUUAAUUACUAGAUUUUCAUCCCAUCUGCCCCAUUUGCUCUGUUGCACCUAAGAGGAACUGCGUAAAUUAAUAGCUUCGGUGUUGAUGUGUUCGUGGUUCGAUUAAAACGCAUGUAUAAAGUCCUACCAAUGAGACUAAGAGUAUCUUCCUACUCAUAUAUAAAGUCCUACCAAUGAGACUAAGAGUAUCUUCCUACUCAUAUAUAUAGUCCUUUAUGCAAUAAGAAAGAGCGUGAAGACAUAUUCAAUGGUGAAACAGUCAUCAAAAAAAAAUGCCAACACAUUCCCAUUUAAAAAGGAAAUGGACUAAUAUCUAGCUAUUGAUUUAUAUUGGCCUAAACACCAAGCUUUUUAAUGUCAUUUAAGACAAAUUUCAUAUCAUGCACUGUUACCUCAUGGUCGUUGAAUUUACAAUUGUGGUUGGUUCAUGAUUUUGUAAUUUUAUGAAAUAGGCUUUUAUUUCCAAAGAUUAUUUUUUGCUAACAUAUAGUUUGAAGUAUAUCAUUUUUAAAUGUUUUCUACAGAUACUUACACAUGUAUACAGUUAUAUUUGAAUUUCUACAUCAACCAUUCCAUACCUUUUCACUGUUAUCCCCUUUACAAUGCAUUAUAAAUUAUCCAACACAUUAAUUGUCAAAAUGUUAUUGUUUAUAUAUAUCCUUUAAAGGGACUAGACACCAGGUUGUCCCAAAAUCGGCAAAUACAUUAUUUCCACAAAACAAGCCUAGAAUUGUCAAUACGAGCUAUUAUAAGGCUGAUAAUAUAUCAUUUUACAUGAUUUAUAAAUUAUUUUGUGUAUGGCUCAGCUGAGUUCACUUUCGUUUUAAAAUAGCUGAUAAUGGUUUUCCAGUUUAUAGUGUGUAUAUUUAGCAUGUGAAAGCAACAUGAUUAGUGCAGAUACAAAUACCGAUGCUAUUUUUAAAUUACUUGGAUAUACUUGGUAGACAUACCAAGUAAAUUUCGAAUUUGAAAACAAUACGCAAAAACUGCGAAAGAUGCAUGUGUCGUAACUCGUAAGUGAUAUGAUACACCAGGAAACAACGAUACACAACGAUAUCAAUUUUAUGUUAAUUUUCUUUUCUUUCACUUGUAUCAUCUGGUAUCUAGUCCCUUUAACCUGUUCCAUUGGUACGCAUACGUAUGGGCAAACCUGUUAAAUUGGUCCGGCCACUCAGAGCAGACAUUUAUCUGUUGGGGUGGGGGUGGGGGGAAUGUCCUUUUCAAGAAGAGUUGUAUUAUAUAAUGUAUGUAUUGUUUAAAUUUACUAUUUGGCUGCUAAGGGUUAUAAUGGAUUUUUAUGACGAUUUUUGUUGUAUAUACAAUUCUUAGAUAUUUACACUUUUAAGAACGUAAAGUGUUAUUGAUAUGAUCAUAAACAUUAUUUUAUAUAUUGUUGACAUUGUUUUUUGAUUUGAUGUAUAUGUGUAAUAAAUUGUUGAAUAGAUGA